UAUGGAGGGGAAAUCGCCAUCUCUCUCACUGCAAAAGCACAACUGGAUUUUCAGGCAAAGCAUCAACAGGGAAUUUUUAAGAUCAUACUCAGGGAUUAUAAAUAUAGCAGAAAUGGUCGGCCUGGCGACUAGCUUUGGCGCAUUGCAGCAUUACGUCACGUUAGUUUCCAUGAAAACAGUUGCGGACACUUUGUUUUUCACGACUUCAGGAGUGGCGUAUUUUGUGACACUGAUCAUCUUCCUCGUAAAAGUCUUCGAUUUUCAGAAGAAAAAUUUGAAAUUCUGGAAUGCCUUUAUUGUCAUGUUUACAUCAGUAACCGCUGUCCUGUUGUUGGUGUCGUCUAGCUUUCUUGCAAACGAGGCUGUCAAAUUGGGCGACUCAUUUCAUGAAACGCCACUCCAGCCAAAAUGUGUCACAUGCAGUAAGAUUAACAUCGCCUCGAUUUUUGGAUUCAUAUCGUCGAUCCUGUUCAUUGUGGAUUUUUUUCUUUACGUAAGGCAAUACGGUUUUCCUUGUUCGAAACGGAAAGGGCGCCAAGUGACUGUACAACAGGUACAGGUGACGCCGAUGACGGAAAAUGAAGAAGAGCGGACAAUUUGAUCGACGAGAACCGUAAGGGACUGGUAUGGAAAAAGUUGGCUUCAAACAUGUGAAUCGUAUUGCCUUGGGAAAGGAGUUACUUGAUGCGAAAGAAGUCGAUGGGAAACACCGCUGGUCAUCACUUUCCAAUGCCAAUGUGGAUUAGACCAGCUUUAAAAGAUGUUUGUGUGAGAUGGACUGACAUCGACAAGCAUUGAAAAAAAAUUAUACUUCUGCAAAUUAAUUGAAAAAUAUUUUGGGGACAAGACACACGUCUACGCCUCCCAAAUUGCGCAAAAUGGUCUCUGAAAAAUGUACAGUGAAUCAAUUUCAAAGAACUAACAACUGCACCUACAGUAUCAGUAAUGCUUGGGAGGUGAAUUUAAGUUGUUAUGUUUCGUAACAAUAUGCCGGGCUACGUUUAUCAACUUCUACUUUAUAAUCGUGACCAACUGAAUGGAAACUAGACACUGAUAAGUGCAGAAAUUUCUACACCAAGUUUACUGAUCAUUCGAAAACGAAUCGAAGGGCAAACCCUUCAACCAUGUACAUACAAACUCGAAAACAAAACGAGAUAGGACCAAGUAGUAUUUUAAAGGAAAAAAUUCCUAUUC